GUCCCCUUUCCUGGGCGACGCGCAGGGGGCCAGUUGGAACUCGCAGGCCCUUUUCGCCCGGAAGCGGCGCCGACAUGGACUGAAAGAUUCCUAUGUCCGUCGUCUGUUGCAGAACCGGGACUUCGUUGCCAUCGCCGAUUCCCAUGGCCUGGAAGGCAAGACGGCGGUUUGGAGUUGCCCUCCUGAUUGCACUUCAUUCUUCUCCCCGGGCACGUCGACGAGAGCAGGCGCGGGGCUGAUCAUCAAGAAAACCUUCCUAGACAAGUUCGAGGCCGGGGGGCCGCGGUGGAUCCAUUUGGUCCCUGGCAGGGCAGCGCCUGGGGCACUCGACGUUCACGUCGUGUACUUUACCACUGGCACGCCCGGCAUGGUGCAGCCCCUGGGCAUGGCAGUCGACGGCGCCUUGACAGCCUGCGCGAGGGAACAGCGGAGCCAUAUGAGACAGGCGAUAUCUGCGGCCAUGUCCCCAAAAGAAGAAGUCCUUUCAAUGGUUAUGGGGGGCUUCAACUGGGUAGCUGCCCCAGAAGACCGCAUGGUGAAAUCCACUGGCGAGUUCUCUGUCGCGGACGACGCCGCCGAGCAGAGGGAGGCCAUGGCGACGCUGUGGAGCCCGGCCGGCUUGUACGAGGUCCGCCAAGACGAGCCCACGCACGAGUGCGCUCAUGCGUGGAGCCGGCUUGACCGCUGCUACUGGAAUGCUGACCGGGCUGGCCAACAGGACCGCCACAUGUCAUGCACUGCUCUUGAGUGGGUUCCACAUCUGUCGGCCCACAGGGCCAUAGCAUUCGGCCGUCGCACCCCGGCCAGGCGCGACGCGGGUGCCGCGCCGAUCCGGCCAGAGAUUGUGGCCGACGUCAGCUGGCCUCUCCGGGUCGCGGCGGUGUACCAUGAACUUCGAACUGCGGCAGUCAUGGUGGCCAUGAGGAUCACGGCGGACCAGAUGCUUCAGGAGUCCUCAGCGACUGCGCCAGAACCCUCGCUCGACGAAAACGUCGGCCACGCCUUGCGCUUCAUACGAGCGGUAGAACUGGGGGCGACAGGAGUGAUGCAGCAGUGCAUCCGCGCAUGCCCGCGCCUGGGUGCCUUGGCCCCCUCGCCGCCUGAGCUGGCCAGCGCGCGCGGCCGGCAACUGCAACCGCGCCGGCAGCUCGCCGUUGAGUUGGCGCGCGGCUCCGCCCUGGAGGAGCUCUCGGCCCUACAGGCGCAGCGCGGGGAGCUGACCGAGCACGAGGUGGGCGCUCGUCGCAGCCGCAUUCACGCCAAGCUCAAGAACGGAGAGAUCCUGACAGACCCCAAUGAGAUGGCGGACGCCCUCAGACAGCAUUGGCAGGACGUCUUCGCGCAGCGCCCGGUGGACGAACAGCUCCUGGAGCAGUGGGUGAGGGACGACGCGCCGCCGCAGGUGCCGCCGCCUGACGCGGAUGCCUGGGCCCUCCGUCGUUCACGCGUGCAGAAGGCAUUGGAGCAGUCUCCGAAUUCGGCUCCUGGUCCAGAUGGGCUCUCCUUCGCGGCGUGGCGCCGCCCCGGCCCGCUGGCCGUCGACGUCCUCUGGAACGCGCUGCAGGCGAUCACGGCGGAGGCAGACCCAGAGUACUUCGAGGGGUUCAUUACCACCUUCAACAGCAGCCUCAUGGUUUUCCUGCCCAAAGGCGCUGGCGUCACCCACCGAGGGCUGACGGGCCACCGACCAGCGGACACCCGCCCUCUCAACGUCGCCUGCUGCGACAACCGCGCGCUGGCGAACGCCGUGCGAACCUGCGAAGAAGAGCCUUUGUCAGAGGCGGUCUCCACGGACCAGAAAGGCUUUACUCCGGGGCGGUCGAUGCUAUCCAACGUAGUCGACGUGGACGAGUGCAUGAUGCACACUGCGCUGCAGCACACUGCGGGGGCGGCCUGGUUCUUUGACUUCCAGGCCGCGUUCCCCGGCAUCGCCCGCAGUUUUCUCCGGCGUCUUCUCCGAGCGGCGGGUCUGCCGCCGUGGCUGCUGCGCUUCGUGGACGCGCCCUACAUGGAG